UGCGUAGGCUUGCUUGGGUUUUGCCUUCUUUUUAGCGUUGUAAAGCAGCAUUUUGGAGAAUAUUUCAUUCGUGCUUAUUGUUAUCUGUCGUUUGUUUGUUUGUUUGUAUGUUUGUUUUUAAGCAAUAUUAGCUGUAUUCAGCUGGCGUGUUCACUUCUUAUUAUGCAUUCACUAUGCCUGGCAAAGAGUCCAAACGCAAGGCGGAUGCUGCUAAGCGCAGCAAUCGUCCAGCUCCGCCUAUUCGUAUCGGGAUUCCAAGGCACAGCAACGAUGAUGUUAAUUUUUCUGGAACUGGCUUUCGUCAUCGAGUUCGUCGUUGGCCGACCAGUGUGAUUUCUAACAAAGCUCACAAGUUGGUCCUUCCAGAUGAGAUUCCUGACAAGAAAUUCGUCCUACUUGUUGGGGACUCCCACUUGAGGUCCGUGGCAGAUGGCAUAGUCCCUAUGCCGGUUGGCGGCCUUGCUUUUGGUGUGAUGUCCACUCCAGGAGCUUGUGCAGAUCUUCUGCGCCUUGAGGUUUCACAGGCUGUGUUACCUCGGGAGCCUGAUGCUGUUUGCGUCAUGGCUCCUUCUAACAACCUUACGGCCAGCAGAACAGUUGAAGAGGCAGGGGAUGCAUUUGAGCGGUACCUUUUGGCUGUUCUCAGUCGCUGGCCUAAGGUUUUCUGUACCUCCAUGAUUCCCCGUUUAGUUGGAUCCUGGGAGCGUCAAGACCUGUUUCAGCAGGAGUACCACCGCAGAUCGGCUAAGCUAGGUGUAAGUUAUGUGCCGAUCCACGAUCACCUACCCAGGUACCGUCUUAAACUGUGGUGCCGUGAUGGUAUCCACCUCAGUGAUAAUCACGGGAUGCCUAUACUCACGCAACUGAUGUGGAAUGCCUCCUAUCAGUUCUUGGAGACACACGCACCAAAGCCACUGGUGCAGCACCAGGUGUCUCGUCCGCAGAAAGCGAGUAUUGUGCCCCGUGUGGUUGUGAAGGGUGUGGAACGCAUUCCACCUCCACGCCCUUCCGAAUGGACGUUUGUGAGACCUAGCGGGAAGAGGAACCAUUCAGGGGAAUUUGAAAAGACUUCUAAUCCCCCCAAGAAACGAGUGGUUGUUUCUAAGGCUGAUGACACUUCAGUGGCCUUGAAGGAGUGUUUCAUCCCCCUGAAUCCCGUUAGGUUCUCACCUUCAAUUCUGGCUGCCAUGGACACGAUUGCUCCAGCGGAUGGUCCCACAGACAUACAGACUACAUCUGUGCGACAUUUUAAGAAAGCAGCUAGGCGUGUCCAGCAGGAGGUUGCAUCCACACCUUGCAUAAAUCCUCUUGCAGACGUGGAGUCUGUUCGGUCUAGGAAGGAGGUAAGAAGCGUGUGUUUCAAAUAUAAAAACUAAACUAAUCUUUA